CUCUUUAAAAAAUUAAUAGUCAGUGAAUGCAAUGGAAUUCUAACUGUUGUCGCCACAAUAUUUGACAUAUUACAAUUGAUGUGAUUGGUCUGUGGUGCUUCUGGUGGGCGGGGCAAAGCCUCAUUUUGAAUUUUGUAAAUACUUUUGCUGUUGGCUUCCAUCAUAUUUCAUGUUUUAUUUUUAAAAAAUGCUUGAUAAAAAAGCUUGUUUUGUGAAAGUGGUCACACAUCUUAUCUAAAAUAAGCCCUGUUAUUAGAUGAGUUUUAUUAAAUAUUUUUAUAGCUAAGCUUAUUAAAGUAUUGAGAUAUAAAAGGCAAGGUAGGAGAGCGCCUAAAAACAACCUUGUGAAGGCGUGCCCUCUACAGUAACAAGAGGAUGAUGGAAUUUUGAAGGAAGAUGGCUCACUUUGUCUCAUUUACACAUGAUCUUAAUUCACUCUAUAUUACUAUAUUGUUGCUACAUUGAUAGGCCUGCAUUUGUCAUAUUUUUUUAACCUUUAAUGAAUUAAAAUGUAAUUUUAUAUAAUAUUGCUCUUAAAAAUGAUUUGAUUUUAUCAUUUUUCUGACCAGUGGGCCCAAAAACUAUGAGACAGCUGAUGUUAAAACAGGUCUAGAGUUCAAACAACAAAUCAAUACAACACAAAAACACUGAAAACUAAUAAUGUUAUUGGUGGAAAUACAAUCAAAUGUUAAACAUUGUUUUUUUUUUUAGUUUCCCAACAAAUUAACCAACUGAUGUGACAAUAAUCUAAAAAGAAAAUAACCAUAAAUACAUUUUUGACACUAUGAGAUAUUCAAAGCCAGCCAGAAAAACUAGUUUUUGUUACAUAUUUUGGGAAAAAAAAAAACACAAAAAAACACAAAAGCUCUAUAACGAGUGUACCAAAUUGAAAGUAGGAUACAGACAAAAUAAAAAGUUGCCACAAUCUAAUUUGUGCAUUGGCAAAAAAUGUUACUUUUUACUAGCUGAUGUGAGUAAAAACAUUUCUGGUGAGAAAAAAAAUGUCAAUCUGUGUGAAAUUUCCACAAAGCUGGAAAUGCAACAUCCCAUCAGUCAAGGCCAUUCUUUGUUAUCUUUAUUGUGAACCUAUAACAAAAUGCUUUUGCUCACAGGCUACACUCAAACUCAGAUAGCUGCCGCUCAGUCUAAACAUAUAUGAGAGUAGAAAAGCGUUGCAGAGGAAAGUCUGGUCUUUUUUCCAUCAUUGCAUUCGGGAUUGACUGUUUCCCCGUUAUGGCGUUGUGCGUCGUCGUCAUUCUGGGUCCUCUUUGGAUCCACGGUCUGGUUCGAGCGGGCAACGGAGAGGAAUUACCCAAAGAGGUAGUCGUGUCCUGGUUCAGGGAGCGGGUUCUGGAGAGUCUGGGGCUGGAGAAACCUCCUCAGAAUCAAACACGAGGUGGAAGUGGGGCAAACUUGGAGACCUGGGAGACGCUCAUGAGGGUUCCCAGGUCAAAGCAAAGAGCAGUGGAUCCAAAUCAGAACGGAGAAGAGCGAGCAACAUCGGAAAUGAUUUUGUUUCCGAGUUCAGACUCCUGCUCCACAGGAGAAACCGCCACUCGGCUCUCUUUUCACUUCCAGCCCUCGUCGACGAUCCUGAAGGGUGUGGUCACCUCUGCCCACUUUUGGUUCUUCACGGACCAAAAAGGAACCUCCACCAACUCAUCUGCAAUGCUUUUCCUUCUCACGCCAGCUCAGCAGCUCCGUCAGGCUGCGGCAGCACCUUCCAGGUCCACCACAGACGGAUGGACCACCUACUUCCUGGAUCAAGAGAGGCUGGUUUCCGUGUCUGAGGGUCCGUUUUGGCUUCAAGUUGUCUGCACAAGCUGCCAGUGUCACACACGUGAGCCAGAAAACUCGCCCUUCCUGCAUGUCCACGUUGAGCGUAGACGUCGUGUGCGCUCGCCCCGUCAAGCUGCGUUCACCAUCCCCUGGUCUCCGGCCGCCAUCUACCGCCUUCAGAGGCCGUCUCAGGAGAGGCCGGCGGACAGCGACUGCCGGCGAGAAGGCGUGGAGAUCAGCUUCGAGGAGCUGGGCUGGGACAACUGGAUCGUCCACCCCAAGACGAUGACCUUCUACUACUGUCACGGGAACUGCUCGGCCGCGGACCGGACCAUCGCCAUGCUGGGGAUGUCGCAGUGUUGCGCUCCUGUCCCCGGAACCAUGAGGUCCCUAAAGGUCACCACCACCUCGGACGGCGGGUACUCCUUCAAGUUGGAGACCCUGCCCAACAUUAUACCUGAGGACUGCGCUUGCGUUUGAACACACAGCGGUCACUUAAAUUCCUACGCCAAUGCUAUGAUCCGGAAAGUCUCACUACGACCAUCUUUAGAUCUAUAUCUAUCUACCUAGAGCAUGUGUCAAAGUCAAGGCCCGGGGGCCGGAUUCGGCCCUCCAGACCAUUUUAUUUUGCUAUUUUUGGCCUAAUGUUAUGUUGCGCCCUUUCUAACUUGUAUAAUUUUGACAAAAUAUAUUUUUGAGAAAAAUAUUAAAGUUAUUUAAAGUUUGA